UAUGAUAACACUAUUCGUAUCUUGUCAUUGGAUCCUGAUGACUGUAUGCAGGUUCUGAGCCUGCAAAGUGUAUCUUCACCGCCAGAGUCUCUCCUUUUUCUUGAAGUUCAGGCCUCUAUUGGUGGAGAAGAUGGUGCAGAUCACCCUGCCAGCCUUUUUCUUAAUGCUGGUUUACAAAAUGGGGUUUUAUUCAGGACUGUGGUGGAUAUGAUAACUGGGCAGCUUUCAGAUGCACGUUCACGUUUCUUGGGGCUUAGAGCCCCUAAGCUCUUUUCCAUUGUUGUGAGAGGACGACGUGCUAUGCUUUGCUUGUCAAGUAGACCGUGGCUAGGUUAUAUACACCAAGGGCAUUUUCUUUUGACGCCUUUAUCAUAUGAGACUCUUGAAUUUGCAGCCUCAUUUUCAUCGGAUCAAUGUGCAGAAGGUGUAGUAGCGGUUGCUGGGGAUGCGUUGAGGGUCUUCACGAUAGAGAGAUUGGGCGAAACUUUCAAUGAAACAGCUGUACCUUUAAGGUAUACACCAAGAAGGUUUGUUCUUCAACCUAAACGGAAGAUGGUGAUAAUGAUAGAGAGUGACCAGGGAGCAUAUUCUGCGGAAGAGCGUGAAGCUGCCAAAAAGGAGUGCUUCGAGACAGCUGGGAAUGGUGAAAAUGGAAAUGCAGAACAAGUGGAGAAUGGUGAAGAUGAAGAUGGUAAUGAUCCACUAUCUGAUGAACAGUAUGGAUAUCCCAAGUCGGAGUCAGGAAGGUGGGUUUCCUGCAUCAGAGUCCUUGACCCAAGGUCAACACAAACCACUUGUCUGCUAGAGCUUCAGGAUAAUGAGGCUGCGUUUAGCAUAUGCACUGUUAAUUUCCAUGACAAGGAGCAUGGAGCUCUGUUAGCUGUUGGUACUGCCAAGGGCCUUCAGUUUUGGCCCAAAAAAUCGUUUGAAGCAGCAUACAUUCAUAUAUACAAAUUUAAAGAAGAUGGGAAGGUCCUUGAGCUUUUGCACAAGACACAGGUAGAUGGUGUGCCUCUUGCAUUAUGUCAGUUCCAAGGAAGACUACUAGCUGGUGUGGGGUCUGUCCUUAGGUUGUAUGAUUUGGGGAAGAAAAGACUGCUCAGAAAAUGUGAGAACAAGCUUUUCCCCAACUCAAUCACAUCUAUCCAUACCUAUCGUGAUCGGAUUUAUGUGGGUGACAUGCAAGAGUCAUUCCACUACUGUAAGUAUAGACGUGAUGAAAAUCAACUGUACAUAUUUGCUGAUGACACGGUUCCGAGAUGGCUAACCGCAGCACAGCAUGUAGAUUUUGACACAGUGGCAGGAGCUGACAAGUUUGGGAAUAUCUACUUUGUGCGAUUACCUCAGGAUGUCUCAGAUGAGAUUGAAGAAGACCCUACUGGUGGAAAAAUAAAAUGGGAGCAAGGGAAGCUGAAUGGAGCCCCAAACAAGGUUGAGGAAAUAGUGCAGUUUCAUGUUGGUGAUGUGGUCUCUUGCUUGCAAAGAGCAUCACUUAUUCCAGGAGGGGGUGAAUGUGUAAUUUACGGGACUGUGAUGGGGAGCGUCGGGGCAAUGCUUCCAUUUAGCUCGAGGGAUGAUGUUGACUUCUUCUCUCAUUUGGAGAUGCAUUUGAGGCAGGAGUUCCCACCUUUAUGUGGCAGGGAUCACAUGGCCUACAGAUCUGCCUACUUCCCGGUUAAGGAUGUGAUAGAUGGAGACUUGUGCGAACAGUUCCCAACCUUGCCAAUGGAUAUGCAGCGCAAAAUUGCAGAUGAGUUGGACAGAACACCAGGCGAGAUUUUGAAAAAGCUUGAAGAAAUAAGAAACAAAAUUAUUUGAGAACAUGUUUAGAUCAAGGUGAUGGUUUUAGUUUUAAUCAAUCCAAGGGAACAGUCAUGUGGCGGCUUAAGAGGGAGCAUGCUGCAGAGAGCUAUGGAUGUUUCAUUUGAUUUGAGCUUUGUGGAUGCAAGAAAAGAGACCAGCAUGUACUCCAACCUGUGCUCACUAUAGAUGUAUUUGAAGAAAAGAUGCAGAUUGAUUUGAAGAAAAGAUGCGGAAUGAAUUAUUGCUCAGUUUCUCUGUUGUAAUUAUGCUGUAGCAUAGCUAGUCAUUUCAACUGAUUUUGUAGCAAACUACUGAUAACUGAAUUGUGUAUUUCCAGUAUGUUUAUGAGAAAUGUAGUCACGAUGCAGAGAUUGAUCGACUAACUUUAAAUUUGUGCACUCUUCUACGGAGUUGGAUUU